AUUAAAUGGACCCCAAAGCAAGUUGAGUUGUGGGUCCUCAAAUAAUGCCUAGAGGACCUUAGUUAAGUGUAUGCUCUAACUGACCAUAACACUUUUUUAUGAGAAUAUUUCCUGAGAAGACUUCAGGUAUUCUAUAUUUGGGUCUCAGGUUCCUUAAUUCCUGACAUGUACUCCCUGACUUUCCUAAGUGCUCAGCAACUGGCCAAGGAUGAGGAAGCCACAUGUAAAAUCUUGGAAUAUCUGCCACCAGUCACAUAUAAAAUCCUAUUCAACGUGGCUUUCAGAGAUAAUAGGAUAAAGUUGCUGUAUGAGCUAGUGAAGACAUGGCCUUACUCCGAACUUAAAUUCCAAAUGCUGUUGCAGACAUGUUGGUGCUGUUCUCGGACUUCUUCUAAGACAUGUCCAGAAUGUCAGUGGACUUUCGUGUAUGAUAAAUUAAGCAGAAAUAAAAUUGAUACUGUCAUCUUGGGAGUGAGGAGCUAUAUAAAGAAAGUAAUCACUGAAGGUUCACAGCAGCCCCCAGACAGGAGACUACAGCAACUGGAUAUGACAGGAUUAUUUGGUUAUAGGUUUUUUUGGGACUUGAGAGCCAUGGACCUAUGGAUUUCCUUAAUAAGCCAAGGCCGAGUCUAUACCUCACAUGAGGGCACAUGUGACUCACAAAGUCAGACAAGAGAUCAAGGGGCAGAAACAUCCCCCAUCCCAAUGGAAUUUCAUGUGGAUCUCCUGGUGGACCUCUAUAUGAGCCCUACCUUUAACGACUCUCUAACACCAAUUCUCCAGGGCAAUGCCAACAGCCCUCUGCGUCUGAUUUGCCGGGAUUUCUAUGCUUUGUACCUCUCUGGCUGUAGCGCUGUAAACUUAUUGCCUCUUUUGGACUCUCUGGCACUUCGUAGAGUAGACCUAAUUUACAGCAAUAUAACUUCUAUAGACAUCAGGUGGUUUAUGUCACAGAUCACUACCUUUCAUAACUUGCAGAGUUUGAAAUUGCCCUCUUUUAUUAAAGAUGAACAUUGGUGGGAAAAUCCUGAACUGAAGGCCACCUUUGAUCUUUUUGUAAUAGCACUGAACAAAUUGAAAAACCUCAAGGAGAUCGCCUUAGAUGAUAUAUGUCUUUCAGGUCAGGUGGAGUAUUUGCUUGGAGAUCUACAGUGCUCUCUAGAGAGCCUUCAACUUUCUUUUUGCUCUCUAACAAACAGAGACCUAACCUACCUGGCCCAAAGUCACUAUAGUACCCAUCUCAUAAAGCUGGAUCUUACAGGAAACAACAUACCUGAGCAAUUAGACUCCUUCCUGCAACUUUUAAAGUCACUGUCAACCUCACUGAUGUGGUUGAAUGUGACAACAUGUAAGAUCAAGGACACUGACUUUUAUCAAACCUUACCCUAUCUAUAUUCCUGUACCAGACUCUCCCAUCUUGGUCUGUGUGGCAACCCACUAUCUAGCAUAAGUAUUUUAACUUUCCUGGGGCCGUGUCACCAAAAGCUGCGUAACCUGAAAGCAAUAGGAUUUCCAGUUUUCCUGGACUGCUGCCCAAAUCUGACCGAUGAUGAAACUUUUCCUAUAUAUUUAGAAGAUCAAAUGGAUAAAGAGAAGUUUUUUUCUGUCGUGAAUGAAAUGUGCCAGUUGCCAGUCUUAAUGGGAGACUCUGCCAUUCAAUAUAAUUUUAGUCGUACCUUUGACAUUGGUGAUUAUUUUGACCUACGGAAAGUAGUUUGAUUACCAGGAUUGGGGAAGAUUCCAUAUUCCUGUGAUAAUAAUAAAGAUAGUUAAUUUUUUCAUUAAGAAUUUUUAAAAUAUAAUU